AUGAACAGGAGGUCAUGCAGUAUGAGUCAUCAGACAACAGGUAUUCAUCAUAGGCCUAGAAUGAUCAGUGGACAGCAGAUUCCACCUAUCAGAGUUCAUGCAGGACCUCCCUGUCCAUCUUCAAGCAGUGGCACCCCAAUACCAACUAUUGGAAACUUGUCUGCCAGCCUACAUUUAAAGGGAGGGGUAGGUCCUAAGAGCAGCAUCAUUGACAGUACUAUUCACCUUCCUCUAAGUUCUAGGAAACAAGUGGUUACCAGUGGGAAGCCUGUAUUACAAGUCCCACAGCCCCCAAGACUGCCAGCCCCACAGUCUUUAAAGCCAGAACAGCAAGAAUUUGGAAAUGCCUUCUCCCUAUGCACAGGUGAAGGAGGUCUUGGUUAUGGACCCCAGUGCAAGUCCAUUGGAAAAGGCAGCUACAGCAGUCCCAUGACAGUUCAACAGCUGAGACCCGUUUCACUUCCUGCUAAUCAGGUUUCAACAGCAUGCAACAGCAUCAACCCUAGCUUACGGAGGUCUAUGGAUGUUUCCAGCCUGAGUCCUUCUCCAUCAGAUACAAGGUUGCUCUUGGCGCAUGAAUCUCUGGCCUCUAUGACAUUAAGCUUGUCAGAAAGUCAGUCCACUUCGAGUGUUAAGCAAGAGUGGUCACAUGGGUACAAGACACUUCCUUCUGUAGCUCCUGAUGAAGGUUUUCAAAACAGCACUGAGCUUGGGGACUUACUAAAUUUUUCACCUGGAACAUCCGUGUCAGGUAAUUGCGUAUCUAACUCAUUACUAUCCUACUUAUAUGGCACAGAAAAUAAGCAUUUCCCUUACACUAGUCCUCACCAUUCCUCAGCCUGGUCUCAAUCAGCCUGCUCCAAAAAAAGAUCACUCUCUCUAUCUCCUCUGUCUGAUGGCAUUGGGAUCGACUUCAAUACAAUCAUCCGUACAUCCCCAACCUCUCUGGUGUCCUACAUCAGCAGUUCCAGGACAUCACCAGCAAAUGUCUUCCCACAACCUAAGUUCUAUGGGCAUUUUCUGGGAGUGAGAGAAAGCUGUAUGGCCCAAAAUUGCUCUAUUCCAUCUGCCCAGAAAGUCCUCCUCAUGUCUAAUGGCAAUGUCACCUUCUCAGGGUACACUGAUAAUGGGGCUGGCGAGUACCAGCGGAUGCAGCAGCUGGAGCAAGCCAGCUUGGAGAUGGGUGCUGCGGGUAACAUGGUGAUCCAGGCGAGCAUGCUACCUGCAGACAACCAGGUGGUGAACAUCCUGAAAGAUGGACAGCUGGACAACUUCUCGAGCCACAUGGCUGACAUGCCUUUUCCACCCAUGCUACCACCACCUCCUUCUCAAGGGCCACCACCACCAUACCAUGCUCACCAGCACCAGCAUCCACACAACCUCCCAAGUUGCAUUCACCCGUUGGCUGUGCCUGUUUCUGCCCCAGGCUCUCUGCUUGAUGAAGACAGCGAGUCAGGCGAUUUCAAUGGCAAGUAUGGCUGCUGUUGGUUAGACUGUGGUGCACUGUAUGACCAGCAAGAGGAACUUGUGUGGCACAUAGAGAAGAUUCAUAUAGACCAGAGGAAAGGAGAGGACUUUACUUGUUUCUGGGCAGGGUGUCCACGAAGGUACAAGCCAUUUAAUGCCCGUUAUAAACUGCUGAUUCACAUGAGAGUCCACUCAGGAGAGAAGCCAAACAAAUGCACAUUUGAGGGAUGCAAGAAAGCCUUUUCCAGACUAGAAAAUCUCAAGAUUCACUUAAGGAGCCAUACGGGUGAAAAGCCCUACCUUUGUCAGCACCCUGGCUGCCAGAAAGCAUUCAGCAACUCCAGUGACCGUGCCAAGCACCAGAGGACACACGUGGACACUAAACCUUAUGCUUGUCAGAUUCCAGGAUGUACAAAACGAUACACAGAUCCAAGCUCCCUGAGAAAGCAUGUGAAAGCCCAUUCUUCCAAAGACCAACAAGUAAGGAAAAAGUUGCAAUCAAGCUCAGAGCUUGGCCUGGAUAUCCUGAAUGACUGCCUUGCAGUCCAGCCCCUCCAGCCAGCCCCAUCGCCACAUGAUGCUGCAGAUAAUACUAUGGGACACUCCCCAGGGCUUGCUCACAGUAUUUACUCAGCAGCUAUGUUUCCCAGCACACAAACAAGUGGAAGUGCACCAGCAUCUGAGGCACUGUCCUUGUCCCACUCCAGCAAUCACCUUUCCCCAGGACAUAACAUACAUGGUACUGCUGUCCAUCCUCUGUUCUCAGCUGUGGGCUCAGAGAGGUUUGUUGCUCCAGCUCCUUCUCACCAUAUCAGCACCCAGAGAAUUUCAGUUCCACACCGCAUGAUGCAGAGACAGACACCACAACCUCCCCACCUUCCACAGCCUGCAGGAAUGUCUCUAAAGACAUACCAGCCAGCAACAAUCCCUUCUUUUCAACCAAAUAGCCUCCACAACCAAGGGUUAUAUGGACAGCUUGAGAGUUUCUGCCCUCCACAUUAUGCUGACACUCAGAAGAAUGUACAAGAUAGUGUUCCUUGCAAUAUGGUUCCUCCUUUUGAAGAUUGCUUAGUUCCCACAUCAGUGGACCAGGCAGAACUUGACACUUUCCAUCAGACUUUUUCAACAUGCUCCGGUAUUGCAGUUUAUGACUUUCCAGCAGGGUCAGUAGGUAUCUUUGGUGAUUCAGCUCACAGCAUGCCAGAGGAUAGCAGUUUCCUACAAGUAAAUGCAGUGGAUCAUUGUUCUAGCCAGCUUUCUUCUGUCUACACUGAAGGCUAA